CCCUUUAUCCUACUCGCUACUUUGUUUGGAUCUCAUUCUUCUAAGCUGACUUUUCCCCCACUUUCUCUCACUUAAAAAAUCACUUUUUUCUUCACUUUCUCUCUCUAAAAACCAUGAUGAUCGGAGCUACACUUCCAGCAACCAAUCUCCAUUUUUAUCAAGCAAGAAAAUCCAGUUUUAGAUGCAAUGGAUCCCCAUUAAACCCUUCAAGAAAAGGAAAUCCAGUAAAUACACAAAAUAUGACAAAAAAACAUCUUUCAAAUCUUGAAAAGCUCUUGCAAAAUCAAUCCAUGAAACCCCAAUUACUCGAUUUGAACAAAGUUCAUCAAGAAUCGAGUAACGGGUCGAAUGAAAACAACAUCAACAAUAUAUCCAGUGUAACUCCACAAGUGGGGUCCAAGGAGGGUAAGAUGUGCACAGACGUUAACCCUACCUUCGUGGGAAAGAAACUGUUGGAAGGGCUAAAUUUGUCAAGAUAUUGGCCUGAACACAAAGUUGCUGAAGAGAUGUCUCCAAGACAUUUAAAUAGGCUAAAAAAAAUGUUGUCAUCUAGUAAUAUAGAAUACUCUCCAAGAAACAGUCUUGGUAGUAGAUGGAAAGAGUAUCAUGGUAGUAAUGAUUGGUUAGGAUUAAUUGAUCCUUUAAAUGAGAAUCUAAGACGAGAAUUGGUUCGAUAUGGUGAGUUUAUUCAGGCAGCUUAUCAUUGUUUCCAUUCUAACCCUGCCACGUGUGAAGACGAGGGGACGUGGGGCCCGAGAAACGUGGCGUUGCCCGAUAAGUCUUAUAAGGUGACCAAGAGUUUGUAUGCCACGUCGUCCAUUGGAUUGCCAAAAUGGGUGGAUGACGUGGCACCUGACCUUGGAUGGAUGACACAAAGGUCGAGUUGGAUUGGUUAUGUGGCGGUUUGUGAUGAUAGAUCUGAGAUUCAACGUAUGGGACGUAGGGAUAUUGUAAUAGCCCUACGUGGUACUGCAACUUGUUUGGAAUGGGGUGAGAACUUUCGCGACUUACUGGUUCAAAUCCCAACAGAGACAGAGACCGAGUCAGCUAAAGUAGAAUAUGGAUUCUUGAGUUUGUUUCAAACAGCCGGUGUUAAUGUACCUAGCUUAGCUGAAUCAGUAGUUAAUGAAGUGCAAAGACUCAUCGAACAAUACAAAGGCGAGUCUUUAAGCAUUACUGUGACAGGGCAUAGUCUUGGAGCGGCCUUGGCCUUAUUAGUUGCAGAUGAAGUGAGUACAUGUGCACCGGAUGCACCACCGGUGGCUGUUUUCUCCUUUGGAGGACCUCGAGUGGGCAAUCGAAGCUUUGCAGAGCGAUUAAACUCAAAAAAUGUUAAAGUACUACGCAUCGUGAACAAUCAAGAUUUGAUCACUAGAGUUCCAGGGAUGUUCGUGAGUGAAGAACUCGACAAAAAGCUAAGGGAGUCGGGACUUGUAAGCGGGGUGCUAAAUGCGCUUGACAAAAGUAUGCCAUGGGCAUACGCGCAUGUUGGCACAGAGCUAAGAGUUGACACAAGAAUGUCACCAUUUUUGAAGCCUGAUGCUGAUGUUGCUUGUUGCCAUGAUUUGGAGGCAUAUUUGCAUUUGGUGGAUGGAUACUUGGCAUCAAAUUGCCCUUUUAGAGCAAAUGCAAAGAGGAGUUUAGCAAGGUUGCUAAAUGAACAAAAGCCUAAUAUCAAAAGGCUUUACACUAGUAAAGGGAAAGGCUUGAACCACAAUCUUGAAAGAGAACAUAGUUUCUCUGCACCUAGCUAGUUGCUUGCCUAGUUAAUCUUCUUGAUAUUAUUGACUAGCCAGGGGAUGUAUACUUCUCGUACAAAUGACUAAUAAGAAGUAGUACAAUUAUAUGUUUUCUAUU